AAUAAUUGUUUGUUUGGCUUGUUGAGUUCUCCAGAACUCAAGGAUACAGUAACAACUGUUCCUCUUUUCUGAACGCCUCAACUUCUACCCAGCAACACACGUCCGGGCCCCGCCUUUCUUCCCUGUCAUUGGCCAGCUUGAAUUGGUGUCUGCCACUCUGAUUGGUCAAUGUUGAUCGCCCUGAUUUUUCCAAUUGGCGACGCAGUCUUUUGAGAGGCGGGUCGUUCCUGCGGGAUUGCCUCUCCGCGCCGCCUCUGACUGGGGGCUGUGGCGCAGUGCGCGGGACCCUUUAGUUCUCCCUGUCUGAGGCCAGACCUGUCGUCCCCGCGCUGCGCGAGGAGCCGCAGUCCCAGGGGGACUUCCGGGCUCGGGCUGCACAGAGGCCGGAAGGGGCGGGCGCUCGCGGGCUCGGAGCCUGGGUGCCUGUGCCUCCGCUCCUCGCCUGCGGGCCGUGGCGCCGGCCUCGUCCGCCUCGGUCCCGACCCUGGCGAAGGCUUGGUAGAAGAGGACACAGGCGUGCGCCUGGGAUCCCAGCACGCUGGAGGCUGAGGCGGGAAGAUCGCAAGUCCUGUCUGGGCUGAGCAACUUGGCGAGACCCUGCCUCAAAAUAAAAAAUAAAAGGGCUGCAUUGUAGCUCCGGGCGAAGGCCCUGGUUGCAUCCCCUCUGCCAGGAAGGGGGAAGAAAGGACCUGGAAGAGCUGGGAAAGGGGAGCCUAGCUGCCUCGCCUGGGCGGCUGUGCCAGCCCGCCCGCUUGCCUGCCGGCCCAGAGCCGCCCGCGAGGCCCAUGGAGGCGCGGCUGCAGGAGGCGCAGCUGCUCAAGGAGCAGGGAAACCAGCGCUACCGCGAGGGCCGCUUCCGGGCCGCGGCCGGCAGGUACCACCGCGCGCUGCUGCAGCUGCGGGGACUGGAGCCCGGCCCGGCCCCCGAUCCGGGCCCGCGGGCUUCCGCGCUCUCGGCCGCGCUGGAGGACGCGCUGCGCAGCACGCAACUGGCCUGCUACAACAACCUGGCAGCCUGCCUCCUCCAGAUGGAGCCUGUGAACUAUGAGCGGGUGCGGGAGUACAGUCAGAAGGUCCUGCAUCGGCAGCCCGACAACGCCAAGGCCUUGUACCGGGCUGGAGUGGCCUUUUUCCACCUGCAGGACUACGAGCAGGCGCAACACUACCUCCUGGCGGCCGGGCACAGACAGCCCAAAGAUGCCAGUGUCCGGAGGUACCUGCAGCUGACGCAGUCUGAGCUCAGCAGCUACCGCAGGGAGCAGAAGCAGCUGUACCUGGGCAUGUUUGGCUAACGGGAAGGCGCUCCCACCGAAGCUCAGGUGGGCCUUGAGCAGGAGUGAGGAGGCUUCUGCUUCUUGUUCUCCGCUUGGCACGGACUCUGCCACCCGCACCGUCCGCACCUGUGUCUAUCCAGCUCCCAGUGCCUGUCACUGUGGGGCCUUGAGAGCUGCACCAGAAAAGAUUCGCCAGCAAAGGGCAGAGUGGAGUUUCUGGCCUGGGCCUGACGGAUGGACAGCUGUUGUUGCACACACAGGCGAGGGCAGCCGAGGACAAGUGUCCUCUUCCUCUUCUCAGAUGCCCAGCCCAAACCAGGAAAUACAUCACAUUGAAAUGGAAGAGUUAAUAUUAACCACUUGUGUUUAAAUUCGUGUUCUCCGUAAUAUUUCACAAUACUCAGAUUCUUUUUCCCUACAAAAGUAUCUGGUUUCUAUUUUUUUCCUCCUGGUAAUUUAUAAUCCUUGCUCUUACUCAUAUUUAGAUCAUUAAUAAAGAACAUGUACUUUUUUAUUAA